UAUCAUAUAAUAAAGAUGGUAAUGCGGUUGUGUAUUUAAUAAUUUAUUAUUCAUUCGCAGGUCAUCCGGCCAUAAUCAACGUAAACAUAUGUGCAUUGUGAAAGUCAAUCGCGUACGUUUUUGAAAAGGGUAUCUGAACACAGUCGAGAAUGUGAGGGUAAAAAUUUUUUAAAGUUACUUAUCACACAUCCAUUUUACAGAUGAAAAAACUCUAGCUUCCCGACCCCUAUUACUCCCGAUUCGAACUCGAGUGAAUUUGAAUUCAGAAAAAUGAGGAUACCCUACACCAUAACCAGGAACGUCUUCGAAACGUACAGAUGUUCGCAACAAUCCAUCCUGCUUCCGAGCGAACAAGGAAGGACACUGCGGCCGGAAGAUGAAUCGUGGGACAACAAUAUCGUCCCCGAGUUAAAAGUCCUCGCGAUACACGUCCUGGUAAAUCAGUGGGAGAGUCACCCGAUUCUUGAUGCUCUUCCUACCGCCAGUGACCGUGAUCUGCUUUUGGAACUAUUGCCAACAAAGUUACCAUUUGAAUUGAUUAUCACGUGGAUACCGGACGAGAUUUUUUGGAAACGUGCCUCUAUGGACAGAUGGGAGCACAAUUACCCAAACGCGCACGGUGGCUCAUGGCGUCGGUUGUACGUCGAACGUCAUUUUUCUGAAUACCUUGAAACCCUUUCGCCGAACUUUUUCAAGGGUCAACAAGAGUCGUGUUCGGAAUUGAUGAAGCUCUGCAAAGAUUACAUAUUCACUUUGAGAGUUCGCUCUCUGAUACCCAGCAGUUUAUCAACGGACAAAAUGGCGCAGGUGACAUCGGAUGAAGACUGUCCAAACCACAUCCCUUUCGACGAAAUCGUACCGUUCCUCCCGAAUCUAACCGAACUCUACAUCAAUUUCGGGCUAAUUUACAUGAACGCAGGAUUUGAUUGGAGAGAUUUCAAGUUUUCAGUUGAGGAUUGCAAGAAUCUUGGCUCUGGAAUCAAGAACUGUGAGAGACUCGCGAAAUUUAGUUUGACCAGAAGUAACCUCGAUUCGCACCGGGUGGCCGCUCUUUUGCACGGAAUGGCUGUAAAUAAUACGGUCGUAGAAAUGGACCUUUCGCACUGCAAGCUCGGUGACGCGGGUGCUCAAGCUAUCGGCGAGUAUCUGACGAUGAAUAAAAGGUUGCGUAUACUUCAUCUGGCGAAUAAUUACAUCGGAGCUUCCGGAGUGCAAGGGAUCGUUUAUGGAUUGCUGCAGGAAUCAGCUACCCCGUUGAGAAGUCUGAAUCUCCGGUUGAAUCCCAUAACGGAUGAGGGGGGCGCCCACAUCUGCGCGUUAUUACUGCGACACCAGACACUCGAGAAUUUGAACGUCAGCGGAUGCAGUCUGACGACCGAGGGUGGAAUAAAUAUGGCGGAAUGUAUAGCUUCUGGUUACUUAAAACUUCCAUCUUUCAACCUCGAUUUGUCGAACAACGAACUAGGAGCCAUCGCUGGAGAGGCGUUCGAGGUUGCCGCUUCGUCGUGUAACAUCGUCGUGGGUCUGGACAUAAGGAUGUGCAAUUUUUCUAAGAAGUCCGAGUACGCGAUCAAAGAGACAGUGGCGAGGAACAGAGAAUUUCACAGGCAGAAUCGACAGCGCCAACAGUCCAGCGGAACGAGUUUAAGUAGUGCGUAUCCGCGUGGGGUCAGCCUAACGGUGCCGCUGGCCUAUUCUCCGCUGCAGAUUCCGCCGGUCGUUCCGGGUCCCGGUAGGUCCCUGGAAAAUCUGGGAUCACAAUCGAGAAUAACGAGAGAUUCGAAAAGCGACGAUGGCUUUAAAACCGCCUGGAAAUUGUCGCGUGCGAAUUCGCUGAGUAAAUCGAGAGCUGGAAUUUCGUCCUCGAGCGUCUCAGACAAACCCAGAUUUUCGAUAACGAACGAAGAAUCUGCAGCAUCCGAAACUACCGCAUCGAAUAAUGCGGUGUCAUAAUGUGGAAGGUGAGCCUGGUCGCGCCGAUGACAUGGAUGCUGAGAAAAGUCCUCCUUGAAAAUCCUUACGAGGCUUUUCCAACGGUUCGAUAAAAAUUCUUUGAAUAACAACUUCCUCUGAAUCCGAAACAAAGCUUCUAAACUUGUAUUCGAAUCGUACGAACGAAUCGAUUCUUUUGAUUUUUUUUUCCUUCAAAAAGUAUAACACUAGUUUGACUGACAAUGAGUAUAGUAUAAUUGAGUUUGCAAGAAUUUAAUUACAGGACGAAUAUUUUUUUAACGGUAUUGAAUAUUUUCCACCGCGAGGAUUUAUUCAUCCCGUACUUAUGCAGGGUCGAGCAAACUUCGCGCUAAACCAUACAUUAUACAUGGAAAAUUAUAAACCGAAGCUUGGAAGAACUUCUCUUACCCAAAGUACAUUUUACUUGAUCUUGCUCGAGAAAAGUAACAAAGUGUACUUCAUGAAUUUCAUAAAAUACUUUACGGUGAGUUCUCUGGGCACACGUGAAAAUUUUCUUCACUCGUCGUAUGCACAAGAAUCUUCGAGGAUGCGGAAAGUUAUCCAUCUCAGAUUCACGCUUGAUAAAUUUGUCGAUUCGUUCACAUUCGGUAAUCGGUCACAGCCUCAUCGUAUCGCGAUCGGUUCGACUGACGUCAAAAGAUAUUCCAUAUUCGGGUGCUCUACAUAGGCCUUUAUGGAAAGUAGCCACGAUAAUAGAAAUUUCGGUUUCGCACGGCAGUUCAAUUUCAUAUUCGGUGUGGAGUGUCUCGAAAGAGCCGAGCAAACGGAAUCCUUACGGGUUUGUAGGUUCGCGACGUGUUUCCUUUGACACAAUUAAUUAUACCUGUGUGUCGAUGCAUUGUUGCAGUAAUUGGGACUUGACUAUUCAGUCAUUUAUUUAUUGAACUAUUCUUUCAUCAGAAUGAACAGCCUAUGCGAGAGUCUCCGACGAUAUACAUUUAUUGAAUUUUUUCCAAGUUUCUAUCUUUUCCACGCUUCAACGAAUCAUGACGACAGCGGUGAGUUUUAUUAUUUAUCGGGCAUGCUCGAUAUUUGCAUAAAUCAGCGCCUUCCUUUGUCUGAAAACAAAGAGGCGCGUAAUAUAAACUUUUCGUAUCAACGAGCGAUAUUCGGAGUUCCGAAAGUAAGAAUCGCUUUACGGAGUAUUUGGAAAUAAAUCAAAGAUAGAGAAGGAAAAAAAGGCUUCAGCGCGAUCCGCACAUCAUUCACCUUGCCGCCAUUCUUUGUUCGACUAUUUUCUAUUUAAAUCACUGUUACUCCACGUGCAACUGUAUUGGCAAACAUUUAUAUCGGCAAAUAACACAAUAUACGCGACGUCACCAAGAGAGCUCAUCGUUCGAAGGGAGAAGCCAAUUUCGUUGAAUAGUGCGAGGCAAGUUGUCGCGGCCUCCGUGAUGCGCGGUAUUGGUUUUCACUUCUGUCUUUUGCGCCUGCAGCUGUGCCUCGCCACUUUACACCCGGAGCGGCGUCGCAGCCCUUCGAGGUACUUUUGUUCUACACCCAAACAAAUUGAAGCUUCAAAAAUUUACGGAUUCUACGUGCCCGGCUGAUUUUAAGAUUUUCAUUUCCGAGGGCGAGUAUGCGUGCGUAUUGUACCGUACGAACACCGCUCCCAAAUGGUACUGCGGAGGGAAAAAUAAAAGAAGCUGAAUAAGAACCGGGAAAAGAAUAAAGAAUAGCACUGUACACCGUGGUAUCAUUUGCAUCGGUAUACCCAGGUUCGGAUAACGCUUACGAAAAACCGAGCUUUGAAUCGCACCAGUUUCGUCUCUCGGUUUCCAGUUCUACAGAAAUCGCACUGUUUUCCAUAAUUUUUCGACUUAACUUCAGGGGCGCCUGAUAAAUUAUUCCGAAAUCUGGGAUUUGCAUUGCAAUAGACGCCUCUAGUUUUACCUUUUCCCAGUUAAGUACACGUAUAACGCUUUAUGUGUAUAUCUAUACA